ACGCUCUCCAAACCCUCAAAAUCUCUCCAGAUUCUGCCGAUUUCUUUCGUUUUUUCGCUUUGUUAGCCAUUUGGGUUCUUCAAUUCUGCCUUUAAUCAUGCUUCUCCGUGCUCCUUCGGCUCUCUCUGUGGCUAGUUCUCGAGGGGAGAAUCUGGGUGCUCCUCUGUUUUCCUCGUCGUCGAUUCUCCGGCUGUCUCCGGCCAGAAAUGGCGGCGGUGCGGUGGUAGUUUCGGCGUCGAAGGGGGCCAACACUCGGCCGCUGACAGGGGUGGUUUUCGAGCCCUUUGAAGAGGUCAAGAAGGAGCUCAGCCUCAUCCCCAGUGCCCCUCAGGUCUCCCUUGCUCGCCAGAAGUAUGCUGAUUCCUGUGAGGCUGCCAUUAAUGAGCAGAUUAAUGUUGAAUACAAUGUGUCAUAUGUGUACCAUUCCAUGUAUGCUUACUUCGAUAGAGACAAUGUUGCACUCAAGGGUUUGGCCAAGUUUUUCAAGGAAUCAAGUGAAGAAGAGAGGGGUCACGCUGAGAAAUUGAUGGAAUAUCAGAACAAAAGAGGUGGUAGAGUAGCAUUAGAGAGUAUGAUUAAGCCCUUGUCGGAGUAUGACCAUGAACAAAAGGGAGAUGCCUUAUAUGCUAUGGAGCUUGCUUUGUCCCUUGAGAAGCUAACAAAUGAAAAGCUGCUUCACUUGCACAAGGUGGCUGAUGAGAACAACGAUGUACAGCUAACCGAGUUCGUCGAAAGCCAGUUUUUGGGUGAACAGGUGGAAGCAAUCAAGAAAAUUUCAGAGUAUGUUGCUCAGCUGAGAAGAGUUGGCAAGGGACAUGGAGUGUGGCAUUUUGAUCAGAUGCUGCUUCAUGAGGGAGCAUGAAGAGUAAGUGAAUUGUGUUGGUGGUGAAGAAUCUGAAUAGGGUUUAGUUUAGUUUUUGAGGUGAAAUAUGAAAAUAAAAGGGUUGAGCUGUUGUUGUUAUGUGAUGUCAAUGAAUGUGUUUGUGUUUGUGUUGUUUAGUUUAGAAGGCAGAAUUGUUAUUAGAUUUGUGUUAGGGUUUCUUCUCUUUAACCAAUGCCACCACUUUGUAAUUGGGAGAAUUGCUUGUUUCAAUUCUAAAGUUUUCUAAUUUUCUGAAA